CAGACGUGUGGAUACGCGUUUUGCUACUUGGGCGAAACCCUUUGCCAAGGAAGGUUCCUAUACCUGGAAGAUCUGUACAUUGAUCCAAAUUUUCGUGGAAAGGGCGGUGGUAAACUUCUCAUGCGCACACUUGCGUCCUUAGCACUAGCAUUAGGUUGUGAGCAAUCGGUUUGGCAAGCUUUGGAUUGGAACAUCGCCGCGCUUAAUUUUUACAAGGGAUUGGGGGCGCAAGUACAAGCUGGACUCCGAACUUCCAAAUUCUCGGCGUCUUUGCUGCACAGGUUGGCU